AUGCGCAGUUCAACGAUUCUCUCAUUGCCGUAUCCGCUUACUGUGUUCUUGUGGGGCAUGUUAUCUGUUCCGCGACCGACGAAGACGUUUUGGAUUUUCUCAAUAACCUACACUGAGGUGGUUAUCGUCAUCAAAUACAUAUUUCAGUUCAGAUUUAUCUAUUUCAACGAUCCGCUGGAAAAACCGUCCGUAUCGGCUGAGAAACUAUGGUUGCCUCGAUUAUUUGGACUAGACAAGAACGAUCACUACGCUUUGUUCGAUCUGAUCCAGUUGAUCAGUCUGUCCUUGCAUCGUGGCUAUUUGAAAAAUAACGGUCUGUGGCGUGAUCACACGGAAUUCGCACAGGAUUUGGAGCUGGUGGUAGAAGAGAAUCGUGCCGUGCAAAUGCGUCGAGCUAGUCGGCAUUCUGUUGAACGUCCAAAGCGAGAAUCCAGCAGCCAUGCUCUACUGGAAGGAGAGAACUUUAACAACCAGGUGCUGAGUACCAGCCAACAACUGUCGACUAUUAUUCCGCGGAUGUCUGCUGCAAGCAAAUCGUGGAAUCCGUUUGCCAAACUGCAUCGAUUCUAUCAAAUGACAGAUCCACGGUAUAACAAAAAAGUGGACGUGUACAUUUACAUGUUCCUGUGCGAGUUUAUCGCGUUCUGGAUCAUGAUUUUCGGAUACGUGUCUUUCGGACCCAGUACUGGAAUGGGUGACAACGCCUUUGAGUUCAUCAAGUCCAACCGGAUUCCACUUCCAUUUAUCUCAAUGCUUCUAGUACAGUUCAUUUUCAUCAUUAUCGACCGCGGAUUGUACCUUCAAAAACAAGCUUUGGGGAAGUUCAUUUUCCAAAUCAUUUAUGUCCUACUGAUCCAUGGUUGGCUCUCAUUCAUUCUGCCGCAUAUCACUUGA